AUGUUGCAGAGAAUAAAGGGUGCCAUCGACCGCACCAUUGCGGAAGAACAGGCUCGCGCGAAAGCAGUCCUCGAAGGCGGUGCCCCCGGCAGUUCUCACGUACGAAACUCGAGCUCGUUAUCGCGGACCCCGAGUGCUGCUGGAACCAGGAGACCUCGACCUUCUCAGAAUCCAAGUCAAGACAUGUCCGCCGAUGGAACCGCCGCCACUUCUGACCCUGCCGUUUUCGAGGCCGCCUUCGUGGUCGAUGAUACAGACGAGACCAACACCCCGUCCCGUGUCGGCACACCUAUCUCGACCGAGAAGGAAGGAAAGAGCAAAGAUCCCGAAACACCGGCCAGAAAUACCGAACCCGUCAAAGAAGGCACCGAUCCGCUACAAAAUGGAGACAGGUCAAGCGUCAAGUCUGCCGCAGGGCAGACGUCACGAUCGGCGACACUCACACCUUCUACUACCUCUGAGCUCUCGCCAGAGAUCCGGGUGAGGUUGAGAAAGUUGGAUAAGUUGGAAAAGACAUACCCAGAGCUUUUACGAUCUUACCGGAUUGCCCACGGCCGUGCGACUUCCAUCGAACCGUUCGAAAAGGCACUCAGAGAGAAUACCCCCUUGACUUCAAUCAAGGAUCCCGAAGCUUUGAUCGAGUACCUAAAUCAGCUGAACCUUAAGAGCGAAAUGUACACGGAUGAGCUCAAGCGGGUAUCUGGCGAGAAAGACAGCUACAAGAAGAAGGCAGAAGAAGCCGACAAGGAGGCUGCUGCGCUGAGGGGGGAGAUUGCUGCUCUCAAGGCUGCGCAAGCCGAAGCUGCGGCAGCGAAGGACGUUAAGGAUGCAGAACCUACUGCUGAGAAGACUCCGGAUGAGAAGACCGACGACAAGCAAGAGGCACCUGAAGCCAAGGACGGCGAUAACAAAGAAAUCCAGGAGCUACAAGCUGAGCUAAAGACCAAGACCGAGGAGGUUGAAAAGUUGCAGACCGAGGUCAAGACAUUGAAGGAAGAGCUGGUGGCGGCCAAGGACCACAGCGCCGAACUCGCUGAGAGCCUUGAAAAGGCCAGUAGCGAACUCAGUGAAGCGAGAGAUGCUGCCGCAGUCAAGGCCUCGAUUGAGACGCAACUUGAAGCCAGGAAGACCGAGAUCGAGUCGUUGACAGAGCGCUUGACCAAGACUCAGUCCCAACUCAAGGAGGUUGAGACACAGCUGCAGAAGGAAAAGGAGGAAACCGCUAUUGGGCGCAAGGAGAAGGAUGCCAAGCUUGUUGCUUCGGAGUCUAAGAACGAGGAGCUUCAGUCUGAACUCACGAAGAUCACCGAGGCCAAGUCCACACUCGAUACAAAGAUUGAAGGCUUGACUUCGGAGAUUGAGACCCUCAAGAAGGCCAAGACUGAAGAUGAGGCCAAGAUUGACGAGCUGGAGAAGAAGAUCAAGUCCACCCCUGCGCCCUCUGCCGUCCCUGCUGCUGCUGUCACUACCGCACCCCCUACGCCUUCCACCCCUACGCAACCGACCGGAAACAAGAAGAAGAACAACAAAAAGAAGAAGAAGGGUGGUGCUGCGCCCGCACCACAAGCUACUGCUCCUGAGCCGGCCGCCACUGAGGAUCAAGCACCCGCGGAAUCCACUGAAGGCACCGCUACGGCAGAGCUCACAGCGGAGCUCCAAGCCGAGCACGACCGCUUGAAGGAAGAGCUUUCCCGCUUGCAAGAAGAGCUCGCUGACAAGGACCAGCGCAUUGAGCGUCUUGCUAAGCAACGUAAGACCGAAGAGGAUCUCCGUGAAGAGAUUGAGAACUUGCAAGAUAGUCUUAAGGAGAUUGGUUUCGAGCAUGUUGAGACCAAGCAACGCCUGAAGGAACUGGAGCAGGAGAAGAAGGAACUGAAGGCUCGGAUUGAUGAGCUUGAGAAGGAGGUGGAUGCGGCUGCUUCGGCCGCUCAGACCAAUACCAAGCUCCAGUCAGAGCACGAAUCACUCCGUCAAGAGUUUGACGAUCUCAAGCAAAAGUCGCAGACUCUCCAGUCCGACCUUGCCGCCGCGCAGCAGCUUGCCCAAGGUCGGUACAAGGAUCUUACUGAUCUGCGCGAGGUUCUUCAAAAGGCUCAACCCGAGCUCAAGUCGCUUCGCCAGGAGGCGGCCACCCUCAAGACAGUGCGCGAGGAACUUUCUGCUCGGAACGCGGACCUUCGCAACCUUGAGAAGCGUGAGAAAGACCUUAAGGCUGAUCUCGUCCGUUCUCAGCGUCUCGCCGCUGACCGUGAUGGCGAGAUCAAGGCCCUCCACGACAAGGUCGGUCAAGAGACAAACGCGCGCCUCAAGCUCGAGGAUGAGAAGCGGGUUCUGGGCCGCGACCUUCGCAGGUCGGAGGCAGAGAAAAUUGAGAUUGCCGCCCGUGAAGAGAAGACCGCCCGGGAGCUGCAGCGCGUGCAAGAGGAAGCUAACAAGCUUCGCCCACGCAUCCGCGAGCUGGAGGAAGAGGUUAACCGUCUUAGGAAGGAGGGUGACAUGAUGCGGGAGGAAGUCCAGCUCAAGAGCACCCAAUACACAAGCGCCCAGAACCUGCUAGGCAGCAUGCGCGACCAGACAGCCGAGUUGAGCAUCCAGUUGAAGGAGGCACAGGGUCAAUGCGAGAGCUUGGAUGAGGAACUGGCUGAGACGAGGAAGAUGCUCAGCGAGCGCACCCGCGAGGCCGAAACGAUGCGUCGUCUUCUCCAGGAUGUGGACGAGCGUGCGGACAGCAAGGUCCGUGACAUGCGCGCCAAGAUGGAGGCGGCGGUGGAGGAGAGGGACCGCAUCGAAGAGGAGACCAGCGCGCUCGCUCGCCGCAAGUCUCGAGAGACGGAGGAGCUCAAGCAAAAGGUACGUGAUCUUGAGAGAGAGGUCAAGAGCUUGGCAAGCGAGAAGGACGAACUCGAGCACAGGGAGAGGGAGUGGAAGAAGCGCAGGGACGAGCUGGAGAGCGUUGAAGAGAGAUCCAAUGCUGAAGUCGAGGAGAUGCGGCAAACGGUGUCGAACCUUAGGAGUACCCUCGACGCUAGCGAACUCCUCGUCCGGGAAACGGAGAAGAAGAACGCCGAGCUCAGAAGAGCCGUGGAUGAUUACCGCCUGAGAUACGACAAGGUGCAGAAGGAGCUGAAGACAGUCCAGACCAAGCUGUCAAGCAUGCCCAGUCUGGCGGGUAGUGGAAGCAGGGGCUCAGUGGACUCGGCGAGGUCGAACUCGAUCGGGUCUGCAAAUGCUACGCCCGAUGCUAUGUACCUGAAGACUAUUCUGCUGCAGUUCUUGGAGCAGAAAGAUAACAGGCUACGGGCACAGCUGGUGCCGGUAUUGGGCAAGUUGUUGAAUUUUGACAAGACGGACGAGCAAAAGUGGCUUACCGCGGUACAGCAUAUCACCAUCAAAUAG